AUGGAGGUGAGCGCUUGGGAAGGGCCCCUGCAAGAUAUUCGCCACGCCGAGCUUCGUUCGAACACGUGUAUUCGCCUGGUCCAGAUUCACGCCGAACUCUUCCGCGGCGACAUAUCCUGCACGCUGCAACAAUACGAGAGCGACAUCCAGACCUGUCCGGACUAUGCCGCAUUGUCGUAUGUAUGGGGUGACUCUACCCCUACGCAAACCGUCUACAUCAAUGGCCUGGUAUACAGAGUCCACCAGAGUCUUUGGGAAUUCCUGUGCCACACCCGGAAGAAGGAAGGUACCAGGCGCGCAUGGUUGUGGACCGACUUGCUCUGCAUUGAUCUGGGCCACCACAGCGAGAAGAAUGAGCAGAUCUCACGCAUGGGAGAUAUAUACGCGCAGGCUGCUUACGUUACUUCUUGGCUGGGAAACCAUGGGGAAAUGGUGGAGGCCCUCAGGGUUUUGGUCGAGAUCUCCGAGGAGUUUGACACACGAUGCGCACCUAAAUAUGCGUGGAAUUCAUCCGAGUCUGAACAGAUCCACAAAUCUUGUGAUCAGCUGGGCUUCCGAGAGCCUUACUGGGGGAGGGUCUGGAUAUUGCAGGAGGUAGCAUGUGAAAGAAAUUGUAUCGUGGCAGGCGGCGAUACUUGCGUCAAUUUCAAUGACCUUUUGCACAAGAUGGAGAUCGCUAUGAAGAGAUCUGUCCGUUUCGACGCCUCCGCCGACCGUGAUCGAAAAAUGAAGCGUAUCGAAGCGCUCGCGGACCUCAAGACCAGCAUCCAGCAAGGAAAACCCAUUAAGAUCCUGGAAUUGAUAGAGAAGACGUCGUUUUGCCAAGAACGACUGGGCAUCACAUGCCUCGUUCGGUCGGCAGACGCAGUCCAGAUCGACUUUUACAGCGACUGCUGUGAUCCAAGCACCGCGUCCGUCGAACCGCCGCACGACGCGCCGUGGUUGUCACGAUCCUCGUCUCCAGCAUCCAGAUUCAUUUCUGUUCUUGAAACUGAAGAACGUGAGAACCGUGAAGAACGUGAAGAACGUCUCAAACGAAUCACAGCGGGUGUUCAUGAGAUGCGCGAGCGUCGCGAGCUACGGCGGACCGGUCGUCACAAGAAGCGGCAUGCAUUCGAGUUACUCUCGGCAUCUGAAAGUGAGAGCGAUGAAGAGUAUUGGACAGCGCCCUCGUCACCGAAAGAGCAUCCGGACCUCUGA